AUGGUGGUGGGAAAUCGCACCUUCCUGACUGAAUUCAUCUUGGUGGGCAUCUCAGCAGACCCCCGGUGGCAGCCGAUUUUUUUUGGAAUAUUUCUGACACUCUAUUUGAUGACUUUGUCAGGGAAUAUGACCCUGGUUAUCUUAAUCCGGAUGGAUUCCCGCUUGCAUACACCGAUGUACUUUUUCAUUGGCAAUUUGUCUUUUUUGGAUUUCUGGUACACCUCUGUGUAUACCCCCAAAAUCCUGGCCAAUUGUAUCUCAGAAGACAAGCGCAUCUCCUUGGCUGGCUGCGGCGCCCAGCUGUUCUUCUCCUGUGUUGUAGCCUACACUGAGUGCUACCUCCUGGCAGCCAUGGCUUACGACCGCUAUGUGGCAAUUUGUAACCCACUGCUCUAUUCUGGUACCAUGUCCACUUCUCUCUGUACUGGGCUUGUUGCUGGCUCUUACAUCGGGGGGUUCAUGAAUGCCAUGGCCCACACUGCCAACACAUUCCGGCUGCGCUUCUGUGGUAAAAAUAUCAUCGACCACUUUUUCUGUGACGCCCCGCCGUUGGUAAAAAUGUCCUGCACAGACACCAGGGUCUAUGAGAAGGUCCUCCUUGGUGUGGUGGGCUUCACAGUCCUCUCCAGCAUCCUGGCCAUCCUCAUCUCCUACUUCAACAUCCUCGUGGCUAUCCUGAGGAUCCGCUCCGCGUCGGGAAGGCGCAAGGCUUUCUCCACCUGCGCGUCCCACCUCCUCUCCGUCAUGCUCUUCUAUGGCUCUCUGCUCUUCAUGUAUUCCAGGCCCAGUUCCACCUACUCCCUGGAGAAAGACAAGGUGGCUGCUUUGUUCUACACUGUCAUCAACCCCCUUCUCAACCCUCUCAUCUACAGCCUGAGAAACAAAGAUGUCAAAGAGGCCUUUAGGAAAGCAAUACAGACCAUACGUCCACAAACAUGA